AUGGCCAGCGACGACGGCUACGGCGACGUUUCCCUAAUGGCCGCCGAAGAGCCUCAUCGUGCGGACCCCGAGCUGCCGCAGCCGGCGUCGCCGCCGACGGAGCCCAUGAACACGGAGGAGUACCUCCACGCCUUGGCGAGCUAUGAUCGCCUCGCGGCGUCGGUGCAAGGCCCAAACGUGGCGCCGCCGACGGAGCCCACGAACUUGGCGGGGCUCGUCCCCAUGUAUCGACGCCUUGCGGCGUACUUGCCUUCCACGCUGGCACUGGCAGUGCCAGGUCCACACGGGGCGCCUGUUACCGUCGACCUGAAUCGCCUCGUGUACGUUUGGCGUGCGGGGGAGCGGGACGGCGACGGCGACGUCGUCGGAGCGGACGACGCGUACGUGCACGGGGGGUUCGGCGCCGUCCCGGCGUCGGGCGACGCCAUGGCUGCUCUGCCGGAGACGACGGUGGGCGAGGGAGAGGUGCCGGAGGAGUGCGCGGUGUGCCUCGUGGGCUACGAGGCGGGCGACAAGAUGAGGACGAUGCCGUGCUCGCACGGCUUCCACGAGCACUGCAUCCUCGGCUGGCUAGCGGUCAGCCGCCUCUGCCCGCUCUGCCGUUUCGCGCUGCCGGCCGAGGUGGAAUUGGAUGUGGAGGACGAGGGAUCGGACGACGACGACGAAGCUGACGACGACGACGUGGCAUGCUAGAGUCAGUAACUCUGUACGUAGCGAUCUUUUGAGUUGGUGGUUAAGCUUCAGUUGUGCCCCGUGACCUACUAUCUGAUGCUCUGACAGUCCGAUCGGCAUGUAACCGGGGUUGAACAAUUUCAUGCAGUAACAGUCAGCUGCCAAUAAUAGCUU